GCCGGGAGCCGGAGCGCGGCGCAGUGCAGCAGCCAGGCGGGCGGGCGGGCCGGCCGGGGGACGAGGGACGAGGGACGAGGGAGGGGUCCCGGCCUCCCGGCGCAGCCCCUGGAAGAUCUCCCUUCGGGGCCCCUUGCAGCCGCCCUCCGCGGAGCCCCCCACCCCACCCCGGCGCUGCCCCCGGCCCAGCCAUGCACUGCCAGGCCGAGCUGCGGCUGGCUUCCCCCGGGCAGCUGAAGGCAGCCAGGCGGCGCUACAAGACUUUCAUGAUCGACGAGAUCCUCUCCCGGGAGACCUGUGACUACUUCGAGAAGCUCUCCCUCUACUCCGUCUGCCCGUCGCUCGUCGUCAGGCCCAAGCCGCUCCACUCCUGCGCCGGUUCCCCUUCUCUGAGGGCUUAUCCUCUCAUCUCCGUCAUCACCAGGCAGCCCCCGGGAGUCUCCCAUUUCAUCCCAGCAGCAGGCGCUUCUCGAGUACUGUCCCCUCACCCACCCUCAGGAAGCAACUGUUCAGAGACACAGGCCAGCGAAACUCAUGGGAGCAGCGAAUCGGAGACGGAGCAGCCCACCCCGCGAUUAAAAAAGCCUCGCCGCAGCCGGACCAUCUUUACGGAACUGCAACUCAUGGGACUGGAGAAGAAAUUCCAGAAACAGAAAUAUCUGUCCACUCCAGACAGGCUGGAUCUUGCCCAGUCACUGGGCUUAACUCAGCUCCAAGUGAAAACAUGGUAUCAGAAUCGCAGGAUGAAAUGGAAGAAAAUGGUUCUGAAAGGUGGCCAGGAGGCUCCUACAAAGCCCAAGGGACGGCCAAAGAAAAACUCCAUUCCCACUUCGGAAGAGAUUGAGGCAGAGGAGAAGAUGAACAGCCAAGCUCAGAAACAGGCCCUGGAGGAAGGCCAGGCGGUAGAAGAGUCUGAAUUGACCCAGGAGCAAUUGGACACCUCCUCAGAGGCCGAGGAGACUCUUGAGCAUGCACCAGAAACCCCCCCAAAGGAGCCAACAUCAAGUUAGAAGAGAGAGAGAGAGAGAGAGAGAGAGAGAAAGCCAGCUGGAAAAAAAAAGAACAAUGUAUAAACUGGAAGCAUGUACACUUUGUGCCUUACAAAAACAACCAAUUGCAGUGGGUUGCCAUGGAGCGAAGCGACCCAAUGUAAGCAGUGACAAUUUCCCCUGUUCCCAAUGUUGUGUGUGCAAUGUCCUGAGCGCUCCUCCAGAUGUGACUGCAUGCUUGGAGACUUACUACUCUGGAGGCCCACAAGAAGCGCAAACCUCUCUUAGUGCUGUCCAAAGAGGCUCUUUUAUGACAGUGUUUGGCCAGAGAGGUUGGCCCACUGUCUUGCCAUGAUUAUCCUGACUUCCAAAAGGGGUGCAGAACAGCCACUGCUGAGAAGUGGGGGCUUUCUGUCUUUCAACAUACUUUUCUUCUGUAACCUGCACUUCACUGGGUACGGGCUAAAGCAAAGCAUUUGAAUGGGAUAUCUAAAAUGUGGCCAUUGGUGUUCCUCCAUUCUAAAAGGGUGUGGGGGAUGGGGGAGGAGAAAAACAGAUUUCUGUUUUCCAGGAAAAUCUAGAGUUGCUUUCAGAACGGUGGUGCCCUGUGUAAGGGGGGAAGAGACAUGCAACACAGCAAAGAACUAAGGUGGAGGUUGGGAAGGGUGGCAGGAGAACCAACCACCAGUGGGGCUGCAUUAUCCAAUGUACUGCGUCCGGGGUGUGUGUGUGCAAGAAAGCAGGUGGCAGCAGUUGUUUUUAGGUGGCCAGUGGUCCCUGGAUGCAACCCCAAAUUCUGGUGUGCAUGCAGAGCUUCAUUAAGCUUAGCAGAUGUGUGCUCUAGCAUGUGCAUGCACAGAGCUACACAGAAGUGAAAAGGGGAGCCCUUGGGCCAGUGUGUACAACUGAGUACCAGCACAUGUAAGACUAAGGAGCUUGUGCAUCAGAGUGUUACAAUGGCAGGUAGCAGAGGAAGAGUUACAAGGCAUACAGGAGAGCUGUCGUAGGACCACCUGCUCUUUAAUGCAGUGCCAGAAACCGGACAGCGAAUAGGAUCGGCAUCAGGCUUGGGGCUCACUGACUGAAUGCAUCAAACCUCCCUCAAGCCAGCUUUGCAAGGAAUUGAGAACUAAGGUUUAAUUUUUCAUAACUAAAUGACAUGAGUUGGGAAUGAGUACCUGAUUUGGGUCAAGAUACCCAGCUGGCGCUGUCAAUUAUGAAUCAUGACUGGCAUUUAAGAACCUAGCCAUGCUAUCCCAAGUAGAAUUACACCCUUUUAACAAGUCUAUUGAAGUCAACUUUCUUAGAAAGGUGUAAACCUUCUUAGGAUGGCAUUGCAGGUGUCUCUGCAGUAUGCAAAGAUAGGAACUGUGGAAAUAAAUGUAACCCUUCUUCUGAGAAGAUAACAGAAAAUCCUGCCAAUUAAACACCAGUGUGCCAUUGACAUGAGUCCAUGCCCAGGUAGGUUUUUCUUAGGGCUGCCACCCACUGAAAGAAAUCUUACUGGACAAACCAUAUGACAUGCAAUAUGACACACGUUUACUUGGAGAUAAGUUCCAUUAAGUUCCAUCCAGCUUACUGAAUUAAUCAAUGAAAUGCACAUAGAUUUGCAUAUAAAAUAACAAUAGUUCAGAAUAGUUCUAAAGAAAAAAACCCAGAUCUUUAACAAUUUUAGAGUCAUCAUUUUUCAAAGUAACAUGAACACAGUGCUGGAACUUUUAGACAGCAUCAUACAACCAGGAUUUCAAAAGAAGUGUGUUCAUAGAUGCAGGGUACCAGGUUGUUGUUCCUUUCUUUUUUUGGGGGAGACAGUAUGUCUAUUCUGCUUCGAUACCGCUGGUGGGGUAAUUAAUAAUUCCUUCCUCCUUGCUGCACUCUUGAGUAACAGGGGUGGGGAUCACGGCAUUCACUGCAUGGGGGAAAGUGGGUAUGUACUCAUUUUUUUAAAAAUCUGGAAAGCUGUUGCUUCAGUUCAUCAAUGAAAAGAUUUUUAAAUCAGUUAAUCUAAAUGACAAAUCAGCUCACUGUUACAGUACUUGUUUGUUAACGUUUUAAAAUUGAAAUGUUUUGAACCUGGGUUCACAAAGUUAGGCGUGACUCAAGGAGGGAAACUACACGAGAUGCCUGGGUGCGUGUCGGGUCUCGCAAGGUUCCCUGGGUAAUGUAGUCUUACAAAGAACAGCCACACAAUGUGAUUCUCUGCUGGGGGAAGAACAAGGGGAGGGAUUCUCUCUUUCAAAAAGCCUCAGCUUGGGUUUUCCUCUGGCAGCACGAGGACAGGGGGGCACAGGAUGUAAAAGGAAGCAGGAAAUCCAGGAAAGCUUUUUGCAAAGUUCCCACUAUCCAGGGAACCUGGCGGGGCCCAACAUGUGAAGAACACGUGGCAGGUGUCUUGUGUAGUUUGGCUCAUCUCUGAGCUUUUUAAGAACAAUUUGGAUCAACUCAAGGCUUUUGAUGAUCAUUCUACAGAAACUUUGUGGAGCCUUCAGAAUGAUUCCCGAUUGGGCUGCACUUUGCAAAUUUGCAAGGUGCUUAUUUUAAGAAUGUGGGAACAUCUUUAGCAUCUGAGGAAAGUAAGCCAUGGCAUUAAGAAGAAAUCUUUGCAGCAGAAAUGUUGCAUUUCUGUUCCAGCCCUGUGUGCCAAGAUUAGAUAAGCAUCGUGUUUCCUAUAGUCUCAUGGAAGGGUGCAUUUUUGCCCAAAGCAAGCAGAUGUAUCAAGAUAACUUUUAUUUUUUAAUUAAAAAUAAAAUAUAUAAAUAAAGGA